AUGAUAGAUACCUCUGAUACAGGAUCCUCCGGGUUUCUGUCAGUAGGAGAAGGAGAAAAAUCCACGGAACGCCAUGUACAUUUUUGGAGGGUCGUCGGGCUUUGUUUCGCUUUGGCUUUCGUUAUUGAUGGCGGCGCAUUUCUUCAAAUCGCACCACGAAUGGAAAUUAUCGAGACCAUUAUUUGCAAGCUACAUUUUCCAGAUUUAAUUCAAUCAGCUCCGUUCAACUCCACUGGUGGUGGCUCAAUUUCGGUCGCUGGGCAAGAUCCGCGUUGUAAAGAAGGACCUGUUCAGAGCGAGUUAGCUUACCUUAACGGGAUCCAGCAAUUGUUAGAUGUAAUCCCCAAUGUUUUACUUGCUGUCCCAUAUGGGUUACUAGCUACGAAGUACGGCCAGAGACCAGUCCUUGCUCUAGCGGCACUUGGGCUCUCUCUGGGAUUUGCAUGGUAUCAGAUUGUCUGUUGGAGACCGGAUAUAUUCCCAGUCCGUAUGAUCUGGCUAUCUUCUGCUUUUGCCAUUAUUGGCGGCGGUAUGAGUGUGGCUCAGACGAUGGUAUAUACAUUACUCGCGGAUGUAACAGACGAAAGCUCGCGAGUCAUCAUUUUCUUGGGACUUGAAGCUGCAGUGCUCAUUGCCGUGAUGCUCUCCACAUUUUUCAGUUCAUUGCUUAUGGAGCACGACGUGUGGAUACCAUUGCAUCUUGGUAACGCGACAAUGUUUCUAGGCACUGGCCUGGUAUUUUUCAUGCCAAAUACCAAAACCCUUGUCGCAAAUCAAGAGCAAGAGUAUGAGCUGUUACAGGAUAGCGAUUAUUCGACAAGCGACGAAUCAGAAAUGGAACCUCCUCCAGCUUCAAACGUGGCUAUGAUCAAAUCCGUUCUAAAGCUUCCAGAUCAUAGAUUACUAAGUGUUUUCAAAGACAAAAAUGUUGUUCUUCUCCUAACACUGGCCUUUGCAAAUGGCCUGGGCAUGGACGUCCAAGAUGUAGUAUUGAUAUAUAUGUCGAAGCGAUUUGAACUCAAGUUUUCUGAAGCAAACUCUUUUCUUACUCUUGAUGCAGCUGUAAAACUUGCACUGCUCAUUAUUAUACUCCCAUCUGCAAGUCAAUUGAUGAUCAAGUACUUCCGACAGCAGGGAUACGAGAAGGACCUGAAAUUAGCACGACUUUCCGGCUUGCUACUCGUCAUAGGAGCGAUCUUUUUAGGUAUUUCGUCGCAAGUCGCAGCCGCUCGCAUGGGAACCAUAAUAUUCGCACUCGGUCAUGGAGCGAGACCUCUGACUAGAUCACUUCUUACAGCUGUUAUAUCACCUGAAAACAUCACCAUGGUCUACACAGCUGUAGGGCUGAUUCAGAGUGUUGCCGAUGCUAUUUCUGGACCGUUAUACUCUUCCUUGUUUUCGCUUGGAGUUUCUCUUGGAGGCCUCAAAAUGGGUGUGCUACGGAACAGAAAGCUUCCUUCACCGAUUACGGAAGCGCUCGAUACGAUUCUUGGGAACUAUUCAACACAGUAUCGGCCAAAAUCUAAGAUGCAACUUAAAAAAUGGGAAGAGAUUGAGCCUUGGCGACAGGACGACAACCAUUUCAUCGAGACGGGGUACCGGCCUGCAUCUGCAUCAUUGAAGAAAUCCUUUGCCAGCUGGAGUUAUAUCCAUAAUGAAUCUGGUAGCGUAACUCCGACAAAUAUCUUGUUAAAUUCGAAGGCUCAUUCAUAUAUAGUAAACAUAUACUCGCAUAUAUUUGGCUCAUUACUCUUUAUAUUUCUGCCCAUAUAUAUCUUUAGACAAGAGAUAUCACCACGAUACAAAGUUGCGACUAGUGCUGACUUAGGUGUCUGUUCCAUGUAUUUCGCCGGAGUUGCUGUGUGCUUUCUGUUAUCCGCAACAUUUCAUACGAUCAUGAAUCACAGUUCCAAAAUAGAAAAGCUGGGCAUGCAACUUGAUUUCCAAGGAGUAAUUUUACUCAUAUGGGGUGCUGCAGUGCCUCUAAUAUAUUACGGCUUCUACUGUGAUAAGAAACUUCAAUGGGUCUAUUGGUCGCUUUCAUCAGCCUUUGCUCUCGCCUGCUCAUUCGUCACUUUCCAACCACGAUUCAGCGAACCGUUCCUACGACCAUACCGCGCAGCGAGUUUCGGAAGCUUUGCACUCUCAUCCAUCCUACCAGUGAUUCAUGGCGUCAUCAAGUACGGAUGGCCACUUCAAAGCCAGCGAAUGGGUCUGAAAUGGGUUUUCAUAACUUUGGCAUUCAACUCGACAGGCGCCACAGCAUAUGCGAUAAAGUUCCCUGAGCGGUGGUUCAAGAGGACAUUCGACAUAUUCGGAGCGAGCCAUCAGUGGUUGCAUAUCAUGGUCAUUCUUGCGGGCCUGUCUCAUGCCGCGGGUGUCUUGCAUGCCUUUGACUUUCUGCAUGCGCAUCCAAAUCAGUGUUUGGCUAUAUAG